CCAGGUACGGACUGGUCCCUGACCGGCUUCCCAUCCCCUCCCCACCUUCCACAUUUUUAUCAGAAGCUCCAAGGAAACGCCCAUCCCUGGAUUUCGGCCGCUUUAUCUUCCCCUGACACUCUAUCUCCUAUCUUCCGUUUGGAAGUCCCUUGACGUUCUCCAAAAAAGUCUAAGAGCGCUUUCGAGCACCAAAAAGUUGAUGGAGUAGUCGAAAGUGAUAUAUAAAAGAUGUCCUUCCGUAACCACGUAACUUUUGCUCCCAUUCCCUUUUCACCCCCCACGAAAUGUCUCGAAUUCCCAUUGAGGCCACUCUCAAGACUCUUGCGACCAACGACCCGCCAUUCCCCGACCUCAAUAUUCAAUCGGAAGAGCCCGAGGAGCAAGAGAAGAACGAUGUCGAAUCUCUUUCCAAGGAAGCUGCGGAUCAAGCUCAGGCCGAAGCUCUGGCUCUCGAGCAGGAUAAGGGUGUUACUCGAAUUGAGGCUUUAUACAUUGUCUUCGGCAAGGGUUGGGGUCUCUACUCUCUCUGGGCUUCUAUCGGUUUGAUCGCCUAUGUUUAUUCUUUGAGUCGAAGCACCACAGCUUACUAUGCUCAAUUUGCUACCUCUUCUUUCGGUGAACACACUGUCGUUGGUACUAUCGGCGUCAUCAACGGUAUUCUCAACGGUGUCGCUCCUCCUUUCAUCGCCAAGAUUGCCGAUCUUUGGUCUCGUCCCCACGCUCUCCUCCUUGCCAUCGCCUGCUACGCUAUCGGUUAUGCCAUGUGUGCUGGUGCUCAUAACAUCCAGACUGUCGUCGCUGGUCAGGUCUUUUACACUCUGGGUAACGCCGGUAUCAGUUUCCUGAACAGCUUGCUUAUCGCCGAUAUCACCUCUAUGCAAUGGCGAGCCUUUGUUGACGGCGCUGUCAACUUGCCGUAUGUCCUCAAUGCCUUCGUCGCCGGUUACAUCGUUUCCGACAUCAAUGGUUACAGCGCCAACGGCUGGAGAUGGGGUUACGGCAUGUUCUGCAUACUUCUUCCCGUCUGUAUGUCGCCCGCGCUUAUCGUCCUUUUGAUCGGUGACCACCGAGCCAAAAAACUUGGUGCUCUUUCACUCGCCGCUUCCUCCAAGGCUCGUCGUGAACAACUUGCUCUUACCGGUCAACACGAAGUUGUUGAGGAGGAUGAGACAGCAGGUAUGAACGCCUGGGGCAAACUUCGAUUCUACUGGACUCGACUUAAUGUCUUUGGUUUCCUUCUCAUGGGCUUCGCUUUCGCUCUUCUUCUUACCCCUAUGACUCUGUACACUACCGCCGAGGGAGGUUACAAGAACCCCUCUCUUAUUGCUAUGCUUGUCAUCGGUGGUGUCUUGUUCAUUUGCUGGUGUAUCUGGGACGGUUUCUUUGCUCCUUACCCCUUCAUGCCCAAGCGAGUUCUUAACAGGACUUUUAUUGCUUGUCUUACCGCCGACUUCUUCUACUACUUCUCCUCUUACCUUGUCGACGGUUACUUUUCUUCAUGGGUAUACGUCAUCGUUGACUGGAACGACCGAAACUAUGCGUUUUUUAACAAUACUGUUACCGUCGCCAUGUGUGGUUUCGCUGUCUUCUUCGGUCUCCUUAUCAGAUACACCCACCGAUACAAGGUCCUUCAGGUCAUUGGUCUGUGUAUCCGAGUUGUAGGCAUGGGUCUCACCUACCGAGCUACUCUUCAAGCUACCGAUGCCAUCUUGGUCAUCUCUCAGGUUCUCAUUGGCUUUGGUGGCGCCAUUUCCGUCAUCGCUUCAUAUAUUGGUGUCCAAGGCUCCGUCCCUCACCAAGACAUGGCUAUCGCUACCGCCGUUCUUAACCUUUGGUCUUCGAUCGGUUCUUCCAUCUCCAUCGCCAUCUCUGCCUCCGUUUGGAACAAACAGGUCCCUGCGCACCUUGAGAAAUACCUUGGUAGUACUUACAACGCUACUGAGCUUGCGACUAUCUUUGGCUCCAUUAAUGUUGCCCGAGUUACUGAGCCUCGAGACUUGGUCAAGCAGGCCUACAUGGAGUCUGUUAGCCCCCUCUUCCUCGCUGGACUCAUCACCUCCUUCUGCUCCGUCAUUGCCGCCCUCUUUGCUUCCAACUACUACUGUGGCCAGAACCACAACGCCAUCGAGGACAAGGUUAUCAAGUUCCGAAACACUGAUGAGAUCAAGGAGAUCCAGAAGGACGUCAAAGUGGUUGCCAAGGAGGAACUACAUUAAGUGUUUACUCGAAUUUUAUGGACGCAUUCUAUAGGGGUAUCAAUGGCUCGGUCUUUUCUUUCCUUUCAUUAUCUCACCUUCUUUUUCGACACAUUGGAUUAUAGAGUUUGUAAUAACCAGCUUCAUACUUUCACUCUUUCAGAGGUAUACAAGCUAUCUUCUCCGUAUCUCAACGAGCUUCGUCACAACUCUGUACACUUGUCACUUUAACCCGGCCUUCCAUCCCAGCUCCCUAGGUGUUUGAUAUUUGUACAACUGGAUGGGUUGAGUCAGUGUGAGAAGAGUGGAGGGUGAGAGGUAAGGUAUAUGGAAACUAAUCCAGGCAGAAGAUCAUUAGAAGAUUAUUAGAGGACGGUCGCCUUUCAAUGAAAAUCAAGUCACGAAAGAACGACACUACAGAAGUGUUUGUACAACAGAGCAAGACAUGUUGGAAGGGACUUGAUGGCCGAGGAUGCUUGACGGUGGCAGUCGUGAAAAUGGCGAA